GGGGAAUAGAAAGAUGGAAGGAGAGGUAGAAUGAAAAAUAAAAAAGUAACAAGUGACUUCUUCACUCUCUCCGGUGUAUUCCAUGUAGUCCUUCUGUAAGCUUCUCUCACUCUCACCCACCCACACCCUCACACACACGUAAAAUGAGGCAGUAAAGUGUGUGUUAAGGGGCAGUUGGAGGGGGGUGAGUGGUAUAAGGGGGGCUUCCUGUCAUUUGUAUCACCCCUCUCCAUAUGGGGUCAAUAUGUGCAAUGCAGAGUGGGCUGCAUGUAUGUGUGUGUUAGAGAAACAGAGAGAGAGUGACUGUGUAUAUCUUGUCAAUUAUGGCAAUUCACACAUUUGGGCCCAGCUAUUAAGUCAUGUUAUGUCUGCUGCAACAUAUAGAUAUAGAUAUAUACAUAUAUCUGUGAGUGUGUGAGUGUAUGGGGAGACAGAAUAAGUGGCAGGUUCAUGAUAGAAUUUAUAAGGAUGCCUGUGCAUGUGAGUGUUGGGAUGAAAGUGUUGCUUAUGUGACUUUGAAUUCCAUUAUUUUAAUACUGGAGGGCAUUGGUGUUUAAAUGUGUGUGCUAGAAUAGUGUCAGGGGUGGGGGUGAGCCAGCCCUCCCUCCCUCCGGUGGGUGUAUAAAGGGGGAUGUGGGGGUAAGGCAGCUUUGUCACUUUGCUCUCAGUCACCGAGACAAUCACUGGACACACACAUUCCAUUGGGGACAGACUGGUUGUCUACAGAAGAGAAAAGGAAGACGGAAUCUUGUUUGAUUGUCCCGCGAAACUCAAAGAAAGACGCGCACAGAGAGAGAAAGAAAGAGAAGAGGCCAGGAAGUCUGAUCGGCCUACCCAGAAAUAGAGACUCACCCCUGGGGAGAUUGAGGACCAUCCACACCUGAGGACCAAAUUCACUUUCAGCUCCUGGAUCUUUUUCUUGGAAAAUCUGACCCUGGAUCAGGAGCUUUGAUCCAGCCAUGAGGAUCCUCAACGUGCUGUACAUGCUGCUGCUGCUGUUGGCCGUGCUAAGAUCCGUCUCUGCUGUGAGGCCAGGUAAGAAGUAUUUCCUGAACGUGAGGCGAAAAUACAGACAUCACUGUCCUUACAGACGCUGCAUGCCUCUCCAUUCGAGAGUGCCCUUCCCCUGAGGUGUGAGCGUGAGGAUGCUAAGCAGAAAGAGAGGUACGAGUGGCAAAGGCAGUUGGAUAUCUUUUCCACCUUCCCUCACACCAAGUCACCGGACCAAGGCAACACCAAUAGAAGACUCCUGCAACACCAAAGAAAUGGACCCCAACCAGACUCUGGAAAACCUGCCAGUCACAGACUGAGCUUGUAUUUGGUUUGUCCCCUCUCCCGGCUUCUUGAUGUGAUUGGACAAAGAGAGUGACAUGGAUUCUAUAGGCCACCUGGAAUGUACUGCCUUCAUGUCCCUCACUGGUGACAAACAAUAGAUCUGUGGACCCGUUCAUACUCAAAGUCCACAAAAGUACUACUACAUAAGUACAAAACUUAUGAUAGUCCAAUUAUUCAUAUAAUGUAAAUACACCACCAAUGUGUAUGAAUGGACAUUUGCAUUAAUGUAUCAAGGCAAAUAUGUCAACAAUAUCUCUAGAAUGUCACCUACAAAGUGUUUAUAUGUAUGUAAGGCACUUCAAAUGUUUUAAUGAAUGACUUUUAAUAAAAUUCUGUAUUAUCUUACCGGUGGUGUCAUCUAUAACGCUGAAGAUGUUCACAACAUUUUAUUAACACACAAAUUCACAUUUAUUGAAACCAGUGCUCACAGUUGCAAAAUCCAUUAUUUCACACACAUUCCGUUCUCAGGAUAACAGUACCCCAAAAUACACAAUCUUAGCAGGGUUAAACGCUUACACACACAUACACACACGUUAGCAUUUUCUUUACAAUAACCCUUACAGCGUCGUGCUCAAGGGACCAGACCUCUUUGCCUUGCUCUUCCUCUGCCAAUCCCCCCCUCUACCUCCCCCUCCCCUCAGUGCUUUUGGCUUUGUCACAUCACAACUCGGCACAUGAUACCUAGAGCAAUUGUCUAUUCUUUCUCUCUCACCCUCACACACACACCAUCACACACACACACAGGUCACUUAGGGUCAUCACACAGCAAUAAAACUCCUCCUCUCUGAUCUGUGACCCACAUCCCCUCAAUGCCGCCCGCCACCUACU